GGUCAGCUGCUGCAGCAAGGACGCACGUGUAGCUCCAGCUCCGCGCAUUUGAAGAUCAAGAUGGCAGCCUCCGUGUGUCGGUGUUACGAGCUGGUUGGCAGACGGGCCUUGGCCCUCUGCUCCCGGCCUCUGGUCCCUUCACUGUGGAGAGGAGACGCCUACACGUUACAAAGGAGUCCAGCUGCAACUGUGCAGGUUCGAUAUUCUUCAGGAGGCCGUAAAGGUUUUCUGGGAGAGUUUGUGGAUAACCUGCGUCAGGAAUUCAAUAAGAAUCAGGAGAUGAAAGACAACAUAAAGAAGUUCAGAGAAGAGGCCAAGCGGCUUGAGGAUUCUGAUGCUCUCCAACAAGCCCGCAGGAAAUAUAAAUCUAUCGAGUCUGAGACAGUGAAGACUUCCGAGGUGUUUAAGAAAACCUUUGGCUCUUUGUCGGAGACCGUCAAGGAGGGUCUUGAGGAAGUAACUCGUACUGAUAUCGGGAAGAAGAUCAAGGAAAGUGUGGAGGAGGCUGCCAAGCACUCUGCAGAGUCGGUUUCCAAAGGAGGAGAAAAACUGGGCAAAACCGGUGCAUUCAGGGCCAUCUCACAGGGUGUGGAGACCAUGAAGAAGGAGAUAGAUGUUGGGGAUGACGGCCAAUAUAGAGCCCCCUCACAGCUGAGGAAGAGGAGCGAUUUCUCCUCCAAAGGAGCAGACAGCGACUCCAGAGUGUUCGAGGCCAACGAGGAGGAUAUGGGUGUCGUUCUCCACAAGGAUUCAAAGUGGUACGAGCAGUGGAAGGACUUUAAGGACAAUAACGUCGUCUUUAACAGAUUCUUUGAUAUGAAGAUGAAAUAUGAUGAGAGUGACAAUGCUGUCGUCAGAGCAUCCAGAGCCGUGACUGACAGAGUCACUGGAUUCCUAGGCGGCCUGUUCUCUAAGACAGAAAUGUCCGAGGUGCUGACAGAGAUUGUGAAGGCUGACCCCACCUUCGAUAAAGACAUCUUCCUCAAACAGUGUGAGAAAGACAUCAUCCCAAACAUACUGGAGGCUAUGAUCCGUGGAGAGCUGGAUGUAUUAAAAGACUGGUGCUAUGAAGCUACGUACAGUCAGCUGGCUCACCCCAUCCAGCAGGCAAGAGCGCUGGGCCUGCUCUUCCAGUCCAAAAUCCUUGACAUUGAUAACAUAGAUUUAGCGAUGGGUAAGAUGAUGGACCAGGGCCCAGUGCUAAUCAUCACCUUCCAGGCUCAGGUCGUCAUGGUGAUACGCGGCCCCAAAGGAGAUCUUGUGGAAGGAGAUCCGGAGAAGGUGAUGAGGAUGAUGUAUGUUUGGGCGUUGUGUCGGGAUCAGGAGGAGCUGAAUCCUAGUGCAGCCUGGAGACUCCUGGACAUCUCAGCCUCCAGCACCGAGCAGGCCCUCUAGGAGGAGGAAGAGGAGAAGCGCAGGUGAAAAGGCUGACAUGGGACAUGCAAACUGUGAAGAAGGGCAGGCACAAGGAUGUGCUCAGAACACCUGCACAUACUGACUGAUACUGAGGAAAGAGUGCGCUCCUGCUCCUGUCAUGCCAGAGACUGUACCUGCACACACUUACAUUUCCCAUUGCUUUCCAGAGGAUUUAUGUGCACAUGUAUAUAUUCAUAAGCUCCAUGGAGCGAAGAUAUACGGACAAACUAGCGGUAUAUGAUAUAUCCAAAGACAACUGUGGGUCCGUGUGUGUGUGUGUUGUCUCUGGCCCUGGUCACCUCAGUGAUUGGGUUUCCAAGUGGAGCAGAACGUUUUUUUAUUCAUUUUGAAGGGACAGAACCAUCUUUUUCACAAUCUGGCUUUCAUUCAAUGGUGGCUAUUAAUCCAAGAAGACAGUAGGUCUAAAAUGGACAUGGCAUCUGCGUUUUGAGAGGGAUAUCUGAAGUCUAAAACUAAGUUAAAUCUCAUCUCUCUUUGUCGAAUGAUGAUAACAGGACACGAACGUGGAGUUAGUGCAGUAACAAACAUAGCUGAGUGGGACAGCAUGAGAGACCAUGUUAUUCAAAGCGAACAUGCUACAAGUUGAUGGGGGGGGGCAUCAUUUUACAUAAGCAGAUUGAUGUACUUGGGAUAAGGAGUCUAUUCAACCUGUAGAAAUUGGAGGGAGCGUUUGAAAAUUCUGUGUAAAUAACCCUGAUGAUGUCAUCAGAGUUUCCUCAGACUUGAAACGACACAUUUGAACAGAAACCCUGUUUUGUGAACUUAGGAUUUGGAAGGAAAUAAAAAUGUACUCGGCAGGAAAGAUCUGACACCUAUUAUCUAUAGAGGCCUUCAGCUUACAUUAUGGUAAAUAUAGGAUCCAGGGUUUUUCGACCUUGACUAAAAUAAAAGUGAAGAUAUGUAAGCCUCCAUUACUUUUAUUUGAAGCAUUCUUCUCCAAACUGUGAGACUGCAGUACUAAAAGGCUGGAGUACCACGUGGCCUCAUUGCAACUCUUUGCGCAGAGUUUCAAAGGUCCACGAGACUUACUAUAAUAAUUUCCUCAUCUGCCUGCAUCUGUGAAGAUCUGCCAAAAAAAAUUGUAAACACUAUGCCUAUGCAGACCCUAAAUGUAACAUAACCGUCCGCUUUCCGGAGUAUGUCCAGCCCUUAAAAGAUCCCUAAGGAACAAUAUGUUUGAUUCGCCAUUCAAAUACACAUAAGACAUGUUUUUAGAGAGAAAACUUUGGCUUUUCUUUUUUUUUUUGUUGCCAAAAUCAUCUUAGGAAAAUGUAAAUUCAGCUGUGAUGGUUCCUACUGGUUUACACAAACUUAUCAAAACUAAAACUAAGAAAAUGGUUGAACCAUAUGCCAUCGGUGCUGUAGCUCAGAGCGGCUCAUCGCAGCAACCACAAACAAUUGGAUAAAAUAUAGAUCGCUAUGUUUUUGAGAGGCUGAAUAUGUUUUUUCAAGUUGUGAAGCAUUGGGCACCAAGACUGUGUAUUCUGUACACCCUUAAAUAAGAAGAACUGUAUUGUAUCUACAUAUUAAUAUAAGCUCUCAACUCCUUGUAAAUAUAUUAAAUGUGGAGUAUUUCUUCUCUGUAAGCUUGGGUGGGACCACAUUCAAAUAAGUCAUCAUGGCAGCUUCAUUGCUUCAGGAUCAUCUGCCAUUAUGUAACUUUUUAAGGGGUUAGUGCUGAAGAUGAACUUGAAUGAAUAAGCACAUUACUGUACUGUGUGAUGACUGUUCUGACAUUCAUACAGUAUGAUACUCUCAUGUCACUGAAGAUUGAACACAUGAUUGUACUGAACUCUCUGUCCUUUAUUUAGUUUUUCAUUCAUCUAAAGAAAUGUCCAUAACUGGGAAGAAGAAGUCGAGCCCCUCAUGAAUAGUUUUUGUGCCUGGAUUUUACCACAAAGAAAUUCAGCAUGUUUUAAUUUUGUUUAACAGUUGUCAUAGAUAUGAUUUGAGAUGGUCUGUAACUAACUGAAAAACAUGACCAUUAUAGUCAUCACUACACACCACUCCUGUGUGUGUGCUGAUGUCUUUUGAGACUCCUGCGGGUAAAACAAUAAAACCCACCAGUAUUUUGGGACAACUGACGGGUGGAAUCAUUACUCAGCAUGCAUGAUCAGCUGUUAAGAGAGGUCUAGUGAAAAUCUGUAAUUCAGCAUGAGAACGUUUUCCCUGCUUACAGCUGGACAACUGCAAGACAUCUCAACAGUUAUGGGAGAGAUUGCCAUUGAAUAAAGUAUGUAUGUUCUCCAGACAAUUUUGUUUUGAUUUGUGUGAGGCCUGACAUUUCAUCUAAUAUUGAGUUUGGUUUGAUCUGAAGCAAAUCUUGCACAACAUUUACGGAAUUCCUUCAAACCAGAGGUCACUCCGUUCACUUCAUGAGCUUUCCUCUAGUGCCACUAUCAGUCAAAUUGUCAUCUAUGCACACAAAGAACAGUUUCUCAACAUUAAAAAUGGCCAGGUUGUUGGAGAAAUAUAAAGUGGCUUUAAUGACCAUUCCUCUAAAACUACCCUGAGUAAGUCUCAACAUAUCGCCACUAUGUUUGUUCUAUGCUACACUUUUACAUUGUUCUUCUAUUGGAGCAACUUUAAGGGUUUAUUUGAAAAACGACCGGUUGUUGCUUUUUUUCCCAUGUCACGAGAAAUCCUAUAUAUUGUAUAUUGUAUAUGCCACUAUCAUUUACACAUUACAUCCGUCCUUCAACUUCAGGUUCUAAGUUGAUCAAACAAACAAAAUGUAUUCAUGAGUUUUUCUUGUUUUAUCCCGUUAUACGUCUGUCCGCAGAAUAAAGAGUAGUGUGUUAAGGUU